AUCGUCUCUCUCUCUCCUCCCACCGCGCGGAGGGAGGACCCGGGAGCGCAGCCAGCUGCUGAUCCACUGACACACACUCACACACACACUCUCACACACACUCGCAGCAGCAGCAAGACGCACGGCUACUCCGCUCCCACCGCAGACAUGAGUCAGACGUCAGACCUGGAGAACGCCAUCAACACUCUGGUCAGCCAGUUCCACUCUGCUUCAGGGAACAACAGCGGCACUCUGAACCCCAGCGAGUUCAAAGGCCUGGUGUCCUCACAGCUGCCCAACCUGAUGAAGGGUGUGAACCUGGAGCACGGCCUGGGAGACAUCCUGCGGAAGAUGGGCGUGGGCGAGGGCGAGGGCAUCUCCUUCAGCCACUUCUGGAGCCUCAUCCAGUCGCUAGCCGGCUCGCAGUUCGGCAGCAUGAGCGGCGGCCAGAGGGGCUGCUCCUGCAUCCUCCUGUAAGGAGCGGCGUGCCCGGUGUGUGUGUGUGUCUGUGUGUGUGUGUGUGUGUGUGUGUGUGUGUGUGUGUGUGUGUGUGUGUGUGUGUGUGUGUGUGUGUGUGUGUGUGUGUGUGUGUGGGGAGGGGGGGGGGAAUGAUCUGACUAAAACACCACAGUGUGCACGCCGCUCUCCUCAUCACAUGUCAGACAGAAUACAAAGGUACAAAGUCUAAUUGGCCUCAGUGAGAAAUGACCCCGACCACACAGGCUCCAUAUCGCCGUUCUACCCAGCAUCCUUUGCAGCAGCUCAGAUUCAGACUGGUGUGCCCUUCGACCCCGCGCCCUGGCCGGACCGGGAGCGUCUGGCGGUGGCGUGGACGGGACUGGGCCGGCGGUUAGCUCGCUAACGGCAGCAGCGGUCUCUGUAGCGCAACGCGCCGGCGUCACGGCGUCACGGCGGCGCGGCGGACCUCUUCGAGGCUCGAGGCCGUCCUGGAUGGAGGAACCGUUCCGCUGGGGUGUUUCUGACCAACAGCACCCCUCUGUGGCCAUUUGGGGGAGUUACCGUCUGAAUGGAGCUGCUGCAAAGCGACGCUGAGCCCCCCCAUGUCCAGACGUGCCUCUGAAAUGACCGGGUGUGGGAUUUCACAGCUUUCACAGCUGCAUUUCUAACCACUUAAAGCUCAAUGAAACAUUGGAUUCCAUUAAUCGAGGCGCAGCCAUAAAAAAUGAAGAUGCUUUUUUGUUUUUUGUUUUUUGUAGAAAAACAAUAAAACCAGAUCCUGUGGUGUUUUCUUUAAUUCCUUCCUUAUCAAUGACCCCAGCUGCUUAUUUACCCGCCAAGGCUUUGGAUUAUCUAUAGAAAUACUGCUUCAUCAGCGCUGCUAGUAAAAAGGCUAAUUCAUCAAGAGCAUCUGCAGCCACACAUCUGUGAUGUUAAAAUCUCAUUCUGAAUGUUACGGUGGCUGUUGAGCUGUUUAUGCUGUUCUAGAAAUGCUUAACCUUCCAUGCUGCUUUUGCUCCCUACAUGUUUAUCAGUGACGAACCGUGUCUCGUCCUGCGGUCCUUCACACCAGCAAACCGCCACCCUGUCGUUCCGCUUUUUUAUGUAUUUAUAUUUUGUAACUCUCUGUAUUCUGUCCUGUGGCCCCGUUGCAAAGGGAUUUAAUAAAAAGUGUAGAGGGAGUUCCG